ACCGCAUAAAGUUAUUAUUUGUUUUUCCUUGUCGGUCAACAAUCAUUCCAUGUCGAUUUAGGAUCCAAAGUGCAUUUAGGGAAGAAAAGGGUCAAUUGACUGAAAGAUCGUUUGUUUACAAAUUAUACCUCAGCACAGUCCGGCAAAGAUAUAAGAAAAUAGUCAAAUUGCAUACAAGCUAUAAACUUUGUAAAUUACACCCUACUUCCUACAAACUAUUUUUUAAAAAUUCUUUUAACCUUGUUAUCGCGAGGAAGUAUGCACAUGUACACAGUGUAGGCAUAACCGUUUCAGUUGUGUGGAGGUAAUUGAGUCAGCACUUGUAGAAGAGAGAGGGAACAGAAUGGCCAACCCCAAUCCUCGUGUAAGACGUCUAUUCAGUCAUCCCACUGAGGCUAUGCAGUAUGGAGAUAGAGAAGAGAUUUUAUAUGUGACCUGCUCUCCUUCCAAUUUUGAGGGAGAGCCUGAUGUACUCCUAACACUCGAUGUCAACUCAGAUUCAGACACAUAUGGAAAGGUGAUCCAUCGGCUUCCUAUGCCUCAUAUAGGUGAUGAGAUAUCUCGUCUUGGCUGGAAUACCUGUAUGAGUUGCUAUGGUGAAGAUGAAAGUGCAAGUCAUGGGAUGUUAGUUGUCACGUGUCUGCGAUCAUCCAGGAUAUACAUAAUCGAUGUAGCUACUAACCCAAGAGUUCCCGCUAUUAAAAAGAUAAUAGAAGAUAAAUUGAUCCGGGAGAGAUCUGGAUUAACUAGUCCAAUGACAAGCCAUUGCUUAGGUUUUGGGCAAGUGAUGGUCAGUGCACAUGACAAUGGACAAGAUACAUGCGACAAAGGUGGAUUCAUAGUCCUGGAGGGUGAUGAUCUUGAUGUAAAAGAGCGUUGGGAUAGUAGCCAUGAUUCUAAUGUGUUCUCCUAUGAUUUCUGGUAUCAGCUUCUAACACACAAUGUAAUCAUCAGCAGUACCGGAUGGGGGCGACGUGAUAUCUUCAAUGGACAAACAUCAAUCAAAGACGCUAUUAGUCAAGCUUCUGAAAGUCGAAGCAUUCAUGUUUGGGACUUUGAGAAGCGAACUGUGAUUCAGGCGAUUGACCUUGGCGUAGAUGGCGCUGUUCCACUAGCAGCAAGAUUUCUUCACGAUGCAGAGAAGAGUGUCGGUUUUGUAUCGUCUGCUUCAGGAAGUACCAUUUACAAAUUCUUCAAAACGAGUGAUGACAAGUGGGAUGCUAAGAAAGUUAUCAGUUUAACCCCUGGGGAGUUUUCACGUGAUGGGUGUAAUUCCCUACCAGCUGUGACGUCAGACUUGGUGCUAUCACUAGAUGACCGGUUCUUGUACUGCAGUAACUGGAUGUAUGGAGAGGUAUGUCAAUAUGAUGUCACAGAUACGGACAACCCCAAAUUGGUUGGACAGGUCCAUAUUGGCGGAGACCAUGACAAGAAUGCGAAUUCUAACAAAGGUCGAAGAAUCUAUGGUGGCCCUAAUAACAUGACGCUGAGUUUAGAUGGAAGACGUCUCUAUGUGACGACAUCGUUGUUUAGCCAAUGGGAUGCUGAGAUAUAUCCUGACACAGUCAAGAAUGGUUCAUCACUGGUCAUGAUUAAUAUCAACCAGGACGAAGGUGGAUUGUCCCUCGAUCAGGAUCUCAUAGUCGAACUCAGCAAAGGAGAUGGAUCAUCGGUGCCACUGUUAGCUAAGGAAAUGAGAUAUCCAGGAGGUGAUUGCACGAGUGAUAUCUUUCUAUCGCUGUGUUCAUUUUCACCUUCUAAGAAAGUCGUUAAAGAGUAGAAUUAUUCUAUUUGUUCCGUCAAAUUUUUGUUUAAAAAUUGUUUUAUAUAUUUUCACAAUAUCGACCAUGAUUUUUUUUUUAUACAAAGCUGACUCAUUGGAUACGCAAAACAAGUUUCCGAGAAAAUGGCGUUUAAAGGCUUAGGCUCAUUUGAAAUAACAAGCUUAAUACAUUAUUUCCAAUGACUCAGCAUCCAUUCUGGAUUCGAAAUAAAGAACAAAAAUGAUGAUAGAAAGAGGGAUGGAGGAGAAUAUUGUUGUUUUUAUAAUAGUAUUGGUAGUAGUUCUAGUGAUUAUAACCCACACGAGCUCCACGUUUCUUUCCGUAAGGUUCUUUCAAUUCCACUUUCCAUGAAAUCGUUAGACCAGGCUGGUGGAACCCGUUUCAAAAUAAUGUAGGUCCGAGUUGUCCCGACCCCUCCCAGUGUAUACCAAACUGUUGUAGAUUCCAGACCCAGAAAGGUGCAUUCAAUCAUACAGUAUUAUGAUGCUACAAAGUAAAAGCGCUCUUUAAAAUUUUAUAGAUCAAUUCACUGCUACAGUAGUUUUUAACAGGUCGAAAAAGUAUAUUUAUUUUGUCUUUGCCGAGGUAUUAGCAGAGACAAUGUUAGCAGAAUUAUUUUUUUAUAUACAUGUAUAUUCAUAUGUUUUUUAUCUUAUUGUCAAAUAUUCUUGUACAUUCGGCAAAAUUCUUUAUCACUAUAAAUGUUGGUUUUCUUAAAUCUCUUCUGGGAAUAUUUGCUAUGGAUGUUUGGCAAUGAUAGACAUUUCAAAUAUUUAGAUUCGAAUCUUGCUCGAUUUUUUGUAAUGCUUGCACAUUUACCUUCUUUAUACAAUGACUUAACUUCUAAAAAUCAUAUACAGUACGUCAUCGGUAGGUCAACUGCCAUUUGGGGGUUUUGGUUUUAAUAAUUGAAUGGAUUUCAUUAGAAGAAAAAAUGUUUUCCUUGCUCUAAACAGAUAGAUUAUUAAGUAAUGUCGUUAUCUUGAUAACAAACAUCUGAGGCAAGGUAUACAAUUAAACUAAAGAACACGUAUUGUGUCGCCGUGAAAAUCUUCCAGCUAUAUCUCCUUCGGUAAAUAAAUCAGUGUCAAAAAUAGAAGUACAACAAAACAAAGUUUCUAUUUUCAUUAAAAGGUUUAAAGGUCAAGGUGAGUGAGAGGCGUCGAUCCGGGGGGGGGGGGGUGGGAUCGCCACCAAUGUACAUUUUGGGAGGAAAAGUAUCUAGAUUCUCCCCCCCCCCAUGACAACUUACAACAUUCAUAAUAUGCAAUACAAGUAUGUAUGUGUUACUCUUGUCCCCCCCCCCAUCCGAAACAUGGAUCGACGCCCCUGAUGUAGAGGAAUACUAAAUAAGAAGGAAGAUAAAGAAAGAUAAUCGACACUGUGACCUGCAGGUAAAUGAAAUAGAUAUACAUAUAUUUUAAAGUA